AUGGCGGAGUUUGUCGGUUCGGCAGUUGUUCAGGAGUCAGUAAGCCAAAUCGUAUCUGGUCUGCUUCAAAAAUAUGAAGAUAAACACAACUCAAAUGCGUUCCGAAACCUUGAGAGGCUAGAGAUGGCACACAUCAGGCUGGAGGCUGUUCUUCAGACAUCUGAUAAGUGGGAUAUCACUGAUACAUCCUUGUUGCGUUGGCGUAGGAAGCUUAAGUCUGCUGCUCAAGAGUGUGAUGACACGCUGCACAGAUGCAGGCAGAGAAUCCUAGAAGAUGAACACAUAGAAAAGGAAGUAAGCAAUUUCUCUGUUCCUAAGCGGGUUGUGCAUGCUACCAGGUCAUUUGUUUCUUUUAUCUUUAACCACGACAACGAUGACUUGAACAGAUCCAUUGUUCAAAGAUUUGAGUGGUUUGCAGAUGGUGCUAGCGAGUUUCUAAGAUUACUAGAGCUUGGUGGCACGCCACGGUGUUGCAUGCCCUUUAACCCUUUUAUCAGGCACCUUCUUGCUGGCAAGAUACUACAGCAUAGAAUCAUUAGGGCAAACAAGCGCCCUUUGUUUCUACUGUUGGCACCAUUUAUUAGUGCAGAGCAUAGAAUAGAUGGUUGGCUUUUCUUUAUGCAAAAAGAUAGUAAAGUACCAAAUGAUGAUUUUUGCCUUACUUUAAAGCUACAACUUUCGGAGAGUACAGACAUAGUUGGGGUUGCAAUUCAGUGCUUACAGCUGUUUGCCCCUCUAAACAAGUCUACGGUUGAAAAUAUUAGGAUAGAACUUAUGCAGCUACCUACUCAAGACUUCUCAUGGGUACCAUAUGUUGAUUCACACCAGAAAAAAUAUUGGGACAAUGCUCACAGAUUGGGUACACAAUGGUUUCGCCCAAACCCAUUAUGUUGCAAGCAGCAUGAUAAGAACAACCUUUGUCAUGGUAGCAAGGUAGACAAGUUAUCUGGAUUAGGACAUGUUUCUCUAGAACCGGUUAUUGAAGUAGGUCUACGGUGCCAACUCUUGCUCUCAGAGUGCAACAAACAGAGGGCCUCACUGUCCGAAUGUAAAAGUUCUCUACGUGAUCAUCCAUAUCUGAGAGGUGGAGUCCUCUUUGCACCACAUGGCUCUUCAGAAGGCAUGUUGCAUGUGGAUAAAUUUCCUGCAAUAGCUUCAAUCUACAGUGAGGAGCAACAUUGUUUGCAUACUGUCUUUACCUUGGGACAACUUGAGGAGAUCAUGCUGCCAGAAGCAAUAGAUUACUUCUGCCAGAAUGAGGAAGCAACAGUCUACCAAAUGCUUUGGAGGUCUAGGCAUGGCACUGCAUACAUCCAGGUUGAAAGAGCAAGCAUCUUCAGGCCAAGCACACGGCAAGCGUUUCAUGGAGCUAAGAGAAAGAAGCUGUUGCAUGGACUGGAUGAGGAGUUCGAGUGCCUGACAUAUUUGCUCUCUCGCUUCCUUGACUUAUGGACUUCUCAUGCAUCCAUCCAACUGGAAGGCUCGAUCAUGGACUGGUAUCAGGAAGUAAAGGAAAAACACAAUCAGCACAUCACUGCCGUCUCCUGA